CACAAUCCACCUUAUCUCUUUGAUUAGGACUUCGCAUUUGCUUCAUUUAACACACAAUCCAUCACCAGAUAUCAUUAUUACACUGCAUUUUGCUCACUGUCUCAUAGUACUACUUAGCUUCAUCUUCAAUAGAUACAUAAGAUAGAAUACAAUAUCCUCUCACUUUUCCUUCAGGUUCAUGUUGACGGUACUUGGUAAAUAAGUUUAUGAGACCAUGUUGAAGCAAUUGCCUAACAGAAACCAGAGGACAAAAGGCUCCAUGAUAAAACAAGGUUUCAAAAUAUUUACUUUAAUUGCUGUUAUCAUCUGGUUGCUUUUUCAGCUCAACCAUUCACUAGAUAAGAGGAAGCCUAAUGAGGACAACACAAAAGUAUUUGAAAAGCUGAAGGCUAGUCAUGAAUCCAAAAAACUUGGGAGAAAAUGGUUCCAGCCUUGGAUAAAUAAGCCAUAUGGAUUGAUGGAAGAAACAGAAGAAAGCGAAUCCGAGAGGGUAGUGGAACAAAGCAUUGGUGGCGAUGAUGACAUUGUUGAACCUGAGGAAGUGGAAGACCUGAUUGAUGAAGAAGACAAGGAGAAAGAGGAGGAAAAUGAAGACAUUGAAGAAACUAUGAGUUUAUUAGAGGAUAAAGGCCAUAAUGAAGGUGAAAAAGACACGUAUGAGAAGAAUUACAAAGAGACUGGUGCAUCCAGGGUUGUCAGAAUCAGAAGAGUGACACUAAGUUUAGGUUCAGAAUUUGAAAUUGGAGGUCUGAGGAAAAUAAAAGAGGCAGUGGAAGAAAAUUCAGAAAAGAUUGUAACAGAAAAGCUGCAGAAGAAAACCACAAAAGGAAGCAAAGUUAUUGUGAAUGUUCACAGUCACUGAUACUAGUCCUAAAGGGGUGGAGUGUGUGUGAGCAAGGCUCUUUUCCAAAUUUCUUGUUUGCAAAAAGGAAUAGAUGACAUGUAUGAUUUUUCUGAUUCAGAUGCUGGCUCAAAUUCUGAUUCUUUACUCAAAUUCUGAUUCUUUACUCAA